AAGGGAGAGGGAUAGAGGGAGAGAGAGAGAGCUGUGCAUGCAGCUUGGAGGCGAAAAGAGAUGCGCCUUUGCUUGCAAUUAGCUCUGUAUUGCUGCUGCUAUCUGCUUGUCCCGGGUGAGACCUGUGGACCCGGGCGAGGCUAUGGGAGAAGGAAGCAGCCCAGGAAGGUCAGCCCUCUCCUGUACAAGCAGUUCGCCCCCAACGUGGCCGAGAAGACCCUGGGAGCCAGCGGCAAGUCGGAGGGGAAGGUCGCCCGAGACUCGGAUCGGUUCAGGCAUCUGACCCCCAAUUACAACCCGGACAUCAUCUUCAAGGAUGAGGAGGACACGGGAGCAGAUCGCUUGAUGACCCAGCGAUGCAAGGAUAAGGUGAACUCGCUGGCCAUCUCGGUGAUGAAUCAGUGGCCCGGGGUGAAGCUGAGGGUGACCGAAGGCUGGGAUGAGGACGGCCAUCACUCCAAGGAGUCCCUGCACUACGAGGGCCGAGCCGUGGACAUCACCACAUCCGACCGGGACCGUACCAAGUACGGCAUGUUGGCCCGGCUGGCCGUGGAGGCGGGCUUCGACUGGGUCUACUACGAAUCCAAAGCUCACAUCCACUGCUCGGUGAAAUCAGAUAACUCGCUGGCGACCAAGACCGGAGGCUGUUUCCCCUCGCAGGCCCGGGUGACGCUGGAGAACGGGGAGUCGAGGGCCGUGUCCGAGCUGCGCCCUGGGGAGAACGUCCUGACGGUGGACGUCGACGGCCGGCUGGUGCCCAGUCAGGUCCUCCUCUUCCUGGACGUGGAGAGGCGCUCGAGGACCCGGUUCACCGUACUGGAGACCGAGGAGCCGCCGAGCCGGCUGGCCCUGACCGCCGACCACCUGGUCUUCGUCUCCGACAACCGGACGCAGGACACGGCCGGCUUCCGGCCCGUUUUCGCCGGCCGAGCGCGGACGGGACAGUUCGUGCUGGUGAGGGACGCGCCGGCCGGCCGCCUGCGCCCGGCUCGCAUCAGGUCAGCCUUCUCGGAGGAAGGCUCGGGCGUGUACGCGCCGCUGACCGCUCACGGCACGCUGCUGGUCAACGGCGUGUGGGCGUCCUGCUACGCCGUGAUAGACAACCACCGCUGGGCCCACCUGGCCUUCGCGCCGCUCAGACUCUUCCACUCAUUGACUCCUCUGCUGCCGUCCGUCCAGGCCAGGCACGGCAACGGCACCCAGCAGCCCAGCGGGAUCCACUGGUACGCCAAGCUCCUCUACAGGCUGGGAGAGAGAGUGUUGGACGGAAAGACCUUCGGCUCUUUGUGAGGAGCAUCGAGGAGGGUUUGGGGGGUGGGGGGAAGCUGGCGUGUCUGGCAGAGCGGCUGCGGUUUGGAGGGAGACUUGGUGCAUCUGUGAUGGACACUUGUCUUGGGCCCGAUCUCAUUGCCCUUCAGUGUUAAAUGGACUUCUGUGUGGGGGAGAAAUUCGGUCGGGGCUCCACAUCUAAACUCUUAUUGAUGCGGCGUUUUAGAAAGAGAGAGAGAGAAAGAAA